AUGGAAGGUAAGGAGCAGACCGAUGACGAAGUGCUGCAAGGUAUGCUGAGCCGGCGUUUCCAUUAUGCAAAAGCCCAACCGACCACUACUUAUCGUCACACGUUUCGAACGAAAACACGAUGGGAGCUGGUCCGGCUGUCACUGCUAAUCGUCGGCAUCGAGUGUACGUACGCGACAGAGACGGCUUUCGUUGCACCGAUCCUGCUGGCCAUUGGACUGCCCCACACGCUGAUGACGAUGAUGUGGGCAAUGCCGCCGAUCGUUGGCGUGCUGUUUGUGCCGGUGGUAGCGUCCGUAAGUGACCGGCUGCGGUUAGCUUGGGGCCGACGCAGACCCGUGCUAAUGAUCCUUGGUGUGGCGAUGCUGCUCGGUAUGAUGUUGCUUCCACACGGACGUCUUAUUGGAGAGACGAUUGGCCUGAGGAGUGUGGCGUGGAUUGCUACCAUCACCACUAUCGGGCUGACGACGACCGACUUCUCGGCGGAAGCGUCCAACGGGCUGUGCCGUACGUACGCCAUGGAGGUGUGCACGAUACAGGACCAGGCACGAGUUCUCAGCACGAUGAUGCUGAUCGGUGGUUUGGGCGGUAUGCUGGGAUAUUUGUUUGGUGCAAUUGAUUGGAGUGCGCUGCCUAUCGGCCAGUACUUUGAGAGUAACGAGGCCGCUGUCUUCACGGCCAACUGGAUCGUACUGCUGAUUGGAUUGGUAAGCACACUGACCAGCUUCUCCGAGAUUCCGCUCCCGGUACAGGAAGAGAACGAGAUGUUGCGUCCGGUUACACACUUUAUGCUUCAGAACGAGAUGAAACGUAUGCGAGGUGAUGAGUACACGGCCCAAACAAAUCUCACCGAAAGCAUUGGCUUUCGGCAGUUUAUACGCAACACCGUACAGAUGCCACGCUCGAUGAAGAUUCUCUGUCUGACGCAGUUCCUGUCCCAUAUGGGCUAUCUACCGUACUGCUUGUACUUUACCGAUUUCGUUGGAGCCGAAGUGUUUAAUGGUGAUGUGCAGGCUCCGGAGCAUUCGGCAGAAUUGGUGCGAUACGAGGAAGGAGUUCGAUUUGCUUGCUGGGGGAUGGCACUGUUCGCUGGCUGUGCCUCACUGUACUCGUUGGUGAUAGAAAAAUUGAUUGCUAGACUUGGUGCAAGGCCCGUGUACGUGUUCGGCCUGAUGGCACACUGUGUCGGUAUGCUGGCGAUGGGUUUCCUGCACAAUCGGGCGAUUGUGAUGGUGUGCUGUUCGCUAACCGGCAUCAUGUACGCCACCAUUUACUCCAUUCCGUUCCUGUUGAUCUCACACUAUCACUCGAAAAACUCUUUCCAUAUGGAGGAUGGCAAGUGUGUGGAAAGUACUGAGCCACGAGGUUUCGGUGCUGACGUGUCGAUGAUGAGCAGUGUUCUAUGCCUCGCCCAGCUAAUCGUUUCCCUCGUGAUGGGCGUUUUAAUCGAUGCUGCCGGUACAACGGCCGUCAUCACGUUCGCUGCCGGUGGAUGCAGCUUUCUUGCUGCGACGUCCGCCAUGUCGGUACUAUAUAUGGGUCUGUAA